AUGUCAGGCACCAAUACUUCGGCGUCUCCUGCCAAGGGUAGCUCUUCAAUCCCUCGUCGCGAGACAUCGGUAACCUACCAGGAGAGCCCCCAUGCGCGUUCGCCCUUCCCAGAAACGCAAAUCGGCCCUCAGGGACCAAUUAAUAAAGCGGGGAAAAAGCGCAGGCAUCGCACGCACAGACGUAGACGACAUCGACGGCCCUCUUUCGCCCCUACUGCCAUCGAAGUUCCACACGCCGAGGCUGGUGACCGCCAGCCUGACAGGAUAGAGGAAGAAGCCUGUAUCGAUGUUGCCUCUACGCUGCCGUCAGGUAGCCGUCGGGCACCAUUCUACAAAAUGGGGCCGCUAGGGAGCGCUGACCUGAGUGACACGAGCCUGGACAGCGAAGUGUUACUCGACCACAGAAACCAACCGAUGUUGCGACCGCGCCGUGACAGCCGAGUCACUCAAAGCUUUCGGCUUGAGCACCCCCUUCAAGCAUUUUCCACGACGGCUGAUUAUCAUCCUCGUCCCAGCCCUACGAGUCGGACGUCCCAGGCAUUAGGCGAUAGCGAGUCGGAAUCAGAGACAGCAGAUGAUCGAACGCCACUGAUUAAACCUACUCCUGUUCAGAAUACAAAUUAUAUCCGGUAUGGAACGGAGAGUAGAGAUGUCCCUCGUUCUUCCAGGCAAUAUUCCGGGGCUGGCGUGAGUUCAAGUCCUCGCUCAUCCAAUGGAGGGUAUGAUUUCAAACGGGAUUAUGAUAUAAAUAACCCACCAUCUGUGCCCGGCAGCCCUAAGACCGGUCCUGAUCUGGGGUAUGAUGAUGCUCUUGUCACUGGCCGAUCCUUCAGUUGCUCGGCCUCUCAGGAUGCCAGGCGUACGCCUAGUGUGUCGUGUGAUGCCGUUAUUAAUAUUGAGGGCAGUGGUAGGGCUGAUGGAAUCGAGUCAACUCCACGACCGUCUCCUUCCAUCUCCCCUCAAGACCUGAAACGACGCCGAACUGUAACUCUUCCCGUAGAAGAGGAUGUUUGUUUUCCUAUUGGGGCACUAUCUGAUCUUGGAGACGAAGAGUUUCCCCCUCACCCCCCAGAUGAAGGUUAUACUGCAGAACCUCGACGAAGGCGACGAAGGGUCUGGCCAGAUCUGUCAGUUUUGGACGAGUGGAGCCGAGAAGAAAAGGAAGAGCGUACAGAAGGUAUCCGAGCAAAAACAAUUAGCGAGCCCGUUCUGGUUGGAGGACGGCUUCGUAUUCGAAACACCUCGUGGCGGCGUGAAGAGGAAGAGGCACCCUAUAGGUUCUUUUAUUUCAACGAAGAAUUUCAAAGCACAAUCCACAGUCAGACUAUAUCUGAGCUUGUUCAGCCGGGCCAAACCUUCAAGAAUCUAUUCAUACCUGAUCCACCGGAGUUAGAAUCCGAUGAUGAAGACGAUGAUGAUGAUGACUUUACUCCAUUUGCGACGAACGGAUUUAGAACAAAUUCUUUCUCUUUGGUUGGCAAUAAUCAUCCCAAAGCUGAUCAGGAGUGUACAGCGGUAAAAUCGAGCGUAGCGAGUCCCAAUCAUAUUUCCGAGACUGCUUCUAAAGCAAAGCAAAAGCGCUACGGCCCUCGGCCGACAUUUUGGCUGGAUGUGCUAUGUCCCACCGAUGCAGAAAUGCGGGUGAUCGCUAAAGCUUUUGGUAUCCACGCGUUAACAGCAGAGGAUAUCAUGAUGCAGGAGGCUCGAGAGAAGGUGGAACUCUUUCGAAACUAUUAUUUCAUUAACUACCGUACUUUUGAACAAGAUAUGAACAGCGACAAUUUUCUUGAACCUGUUAAUAUGUACGUGAUAGUAUUUCGGGAAGGGCUCCUGAGCUUUCGUUUUUCCCAGACACCGCACCCUGCAAACGUUCGACGCAGGAUUCGUCAAUUAAAGGAUUAUUUGAUUUUGAAUUCUGAUUGGAUAUCCUACGCCAUUAUUGAUGAUAUUACCGAUGUUUUUGCUCCACUUAUCCAUUCUAUCGAAGAUGAAGUUGAUCAAAUUGAUGAUACAAUUCUACGCCUCCAUUCUGACUCCAAAAACUGUCAUGAUCAGUAUCCUGCUGAUGCUGCAGUCUCUGGUUCUGACAUGCUUCGUCGUGUUGGUGAAUGCCGGAAAAAGGUCAUGGGCCUGUAUCGCUUACUAGGCAACAAAGCAGAUGUUAUCAAAGGAUUUGCAAAGCGGUGCAAUGAACAAUGGCAGGUUGCUCCGAAGUCAGAAAUCGGGCUAUAUCUGGGUGAUAUCCAAGAUCAUAUCCUGACUAUGACGGGCAACCUUACACAUUAUGAGACCUUGCUAUCACGAGCCCACUCAAAUUACCUUGCACAAAUAAAUAUUCGCAUGAAUGAAAGACAAGAGCAGACCGCUGAUGUACUAGGAAAGCUCACUGUUCUUGGAACAAUCGUACUUCCUAUGAAUAUCAUUUGUGGAAUGUGGGGGAUGAACGUUAAGGUGCCCGGCCAGGAUGUUGAGAGCCUGACUUGGUUCAUGUCCAUCACGGCUGGCCUGGUUGUUUUCGCCGUUGUUUGCUUCUAUGUUGCGAAGCGAGUAUAUAGAAUUGUGUGA